AUGAAUAACCGAGAAGGAAUAACACGAAAAACAAUAUUACCAUUGAAAAAUCAAGAAACCUCACGUCAACAUCAGUUAAGGCAGUCUGUGCAGAAUUUAAUGUCCGGAUUCGUUAAUGGACUUUCAAACACCGUACAGGGUUUACAGGUAACAGCACAAAGAUUGCAAACUACAUAUAGUCAAAUAUCGAAUGUUGUUACAAAUCGUGUCAAUGCGACGACGUCAGCUGUUGGAGAACGUUUACCUUGUGAAUGUGAUAAAGGGAUUUGUAAGUGUUGUACAGGAAGAGCAUUAUUAGCAAUUGGUUUAAGGGGUUGCAUGGAAGUUGUUUAUUUUCCGGAAGACUUUGCUUUUGAACUAAAAAUGAAAAUGAAUGAUAUAACACUAUACAGAAAUAAAGUGUCUGGAAAAAACCCGCCGCCAAUGUGUUUCAGGCCACCAAGAUUUUACUACAUUAGAGCCUGCAUUACACUAUAUGAUAUAUACUUCAUUGGCCAAAAUAUGCAUGUCUGUAUGGACAUAGGAGGAUAUUUCGAAGGAUAUGAGGUUUUUUCAAGAUCUUUUGACUGUCUCAUGUUUGGAGAUAAGGGUGUUAAAAUUGUGAAACCAGAGGAAGGAUAUCCAAUAAGACCGACGGAUGUAGAUAUAUAUGAUGAAGAUGAUGAAGAAAUAGAGGACUAUGAUGAAAACAUUUUGCGUAGUUUGACAACAGUAAAAUGA